GGGUCUGCAGAUGCCCUGCUCUUCCACUGCCAAGAUGGCGUCCGAGUCCACCGUCGGGCUAUAUAACGUGGCCAUUCAGCCAUGUUCUCCUGAUGUCACGCCCAGUUGGAAGCAUCCUCAAUCCUUGCCAGGUCCGGUGACUGCUUGCCCACCAUGAAGCUCUCCAGUGUUGCGCCUCUUGCGCUGGCUCUUGCAGCUACCACGCAGGCGUCCUACAUCAACUAUACCACCGUCACCGGCUAUUUCCUGCAGGAUGAGGAGUCCACCGAUGCGUCCACCUUUGAUUUCACGGCCACCAACUUCGGACUCAUCAACCGGACCUAUCCUGCAGACAAGAAGCACCACCACCAUGACCUCACCCAAUGGGAACGCUUUUACCGCCAAGUCGUCGAGCUGAAUCACCAAGCCCCAUCCAAUGUAGAUUACAAAGUUCUCUUCUUAGGCCGCCACGGUGAAGGCUGGCACAAUGCCGCCGAAGAUUACUACGGCACACCUGCAUGGAACUGCUACUGGUCCCUCCUAGACGGCAACGGUACUGCCACCUGGUGUGAUGCCGACCUGACCACCGCAGGCGUCGAGCAAGCUGAAGUAGCCCAUAAUUUCUGGCAAACAGAGAUCGACUCCCAGCGCAUCCACACACCAGACAGCUAUUUUGUCAGCCCGUUGACCCGCGCCCUGCGCACCGCAAACAUCACCUUCACUGGCCUGCGGUACCCCACUGACAGCGCUCCCUUCCAGCCUCUCAUCAAGGAAUUCUUCCGCGAGGGCAUAAGCAUCCACACCUGCGACAAUCGUGGAAAUCGCACCUACAUCCAUGAUUUGUUCCCCAGCUGGCCCAUCGAACAGGGCUUCACCGAGGAGGAUGAGCUCUGGAACGGUGUGACGGGAGAGACCAGCGCUGCGCAGGAUGUUCGGAGCAAGGAUGCGCUGGACUCUGUUUUCAAGGAUUCGAAGAAGUCGGGUCGCUUUGUCUCCGUGACGAGUCACUCGGGUGAGAUUUCGUCCAUUCUGCGAGUCAUCGGCCACCGGACGUUUAGCCUGUCGACGGGUGCUGUUAUUCCGGUUCUGGUCCGCGCGGAGACUAUCCGUGAGCCCGAACCCAUUCCUACUUCCACUGCGUGGAGCACGAGUGCCCAUUGCACGGCGCCCCCAGUCACGUCUGUCGCUUCCUGCGUGUGUGCGUCCUCGGCGGCGCCGGUCACUACUCCGCUCGUGACCAACGCGUACUAAGGGGAUGACGUGGGGGCAUCUCCAAUGCACGGGAGAUUGUAUAAUCCGAUAAUUCCAAAGUGUAUAUAGAUAUUCAUUGUUACAACCGGC